AUGUCAGAAACUCUUUACAAUGACUACAAGAAUAAUUGCUAUGAAUACAUGAAGACCGUUUUAUACACUGAGAAGAUAAUUAAGGAUAAUAAUUCCGAUCAGACUAAGUUAUUAAAUAUUUAUGAGAAGGCAAUAAAAAGUGCUGAGAGUAUGUUUAAGAAAAUGCAACUCGAAGUAGAAACAAAUUAUAUGGUUGAAGAUAAAGAAAAUGAAUUAAAUAAUAUAUAUAAUGAAAUAUGUGAAUGUAAAAUAAAAUUAAAAAAAUUUAAAGAAGAAAUAAUUGAAAACGAUAAAAGGAAAUAUGAAAGAACUAGUAAUCAUUAUAAUAAUCAUACGAAUUAUGAUGAUCGUAUAUUAUUAUUAAGUGAUGUAGAUAUAUUAGAAAAAGGAGAUGUAUAUAUUAAUCAUUCAAAAAUAUUAAUGGAUAAUACAGAAUAUAUUAGUAAUGAUGUUAUGAAUAAUUUAAAUAAACAAAGAGAAUGUAUAAAAAAAAAUGUAUCCAAUAUUUCUUUUUUAUCAAAUAAAUUAGAUCAUGCUAAAUUUAUUAUAAAAAACUUAAAUAAAAAACAAUUAUUUAAUAAAUAUAGAUUAUAUAUCAUUUUUUUAUUUAUCAUUCUAACCUUUUUAUUAAUAAUUUCUAUUAAAUAUAAUAGAUAUGUUAAAAAAUAUCCAUAUAUAAAAAUUAAUAAUGAAAAUAAUAAUAAGAAGAAUAAUAUAGAUCCAUUAGUAGAAAAUCAAAAACUUUUACAAACACAAAACGAACAAAAUACAAACCAUACACUCAACAAAUUUAAUAAUACACAAGAAGCAAAAAGUGUCUUCUAUGAUUUCGAACAAAAAAUAGAUAAAGACAUAAACAAUAACAACGAUCAAAAUAAAUAUAUAAAUACAAAUGAUUAUCAAAAUUAUAUAUACAAUAUAAAUAUGCACGAAAAAUCUACAGAUCAUAAUAUAAACACAAAUAAUGAUGAGUAUAAUACUUUUCUUGAUUAUAAUGAAAUCGAUCACAAUCAUAAUAAAAAUGAACUAACACAACUUGAUACGUAUUAUAAAAAUGAAAAACAACCAGAAGAAAAACAAAAAGACAACCAUCAUAUUAUUGAAAAUGUGAAAGAAAAUAUAGAUGAAAAUAUAAUAUCUUCCUCCAAUAUGUCUUCCAAUAUAAAUGAAUAUCCAACAAAAAACAAUAAUAACAAUUCAUCAUGA